AUGGAGUCCAGUGUAAAAGAUGGAACUAAAGCAGCUUUGAAAUUUAUUUGCCCAAAAUUAUUGUUAAUUGUAAUGGUCUGCAUGUACGCGAUCGCUGGCGGAUUCAUUUUUAAGCAUUUAGAAUCUACGAAUGAAAAGCAGGAAUGUGUAGAAAAACAGAAUAAAUAUAUGCCUGUUGAAAAUGAAACAGUUCGACAAAUGUGGGCAAUCAUAAAUAAUUAUGACUCACCUGGCGACGUAAAUUCAGCUACCUUAGCUUUUCAAAAACAACUCAGCGGAUUUAGAGAUAGUAUCCUUUCCAUUGCCUACAACGGAACAAAUUGCUCCAUGAUUGGUUUACCUAACGGCACAGAUUAUCAGUGGUCCUUGCCUGCCGCCAUUUUGUUCUCGACGACCGUCUUCACAACAGUUGGUUACGGAAAUAUAGCGCCAAAAACAAUGUGGGGACGUCUGGUUUGUAUAGCAUACGCGCUACUCGGAAUUCCACUUAUGCUUUUAACUUUGGCCAACAUCGGAGAAAUAAUGGCUAACAUAUUUCGUUACACCUAUUUGAAUGUCUGUUGCUGCGGUGUUGUUAAAUGGUGCAAAAAACCUUCUACUACCACAUCAUAUUCUAAUCUGCGUGAUGAUAAUCAAAACACGAUGAAACCAAGAAUCAGUUACAAUAAUAACGUCGUUGACGAUGAUGACGAUGAAGAGCUUGAGAAAAUAAGUGUACCUAUUGUGGUAACUCUCUUUCUGAUAGCAAGCUACGUUUUUCUCGGAGCCUUGUUAUUUGCAGUUUGGAUACCACUGGAAUGGAUGGACGCCGCGUAUUUUAGUUUCAUCACAUUUUCAACAAUCGGUUUUGGUGACAUUGUACCGAGUACUACUGAUCUUAACGAUACAUCAGGUCAGCUUAAAAUGGUUGGAACAGCAUUGUACAUGGUGACUGGAAUGGCAAUAUUGUCUAUGGCAUUUAAUUUAAUGCAAGAAGAGGUUGUAGAUAAAAUAAAUUGGUUUGAAAAUCAAUUCAGAAUGUUGAAAGAAAAAGAAAACAUUAAAGAAAUGAAAAAUAAAUAG